AUGCCAGCAACAGGCGACGUCCUAACCGAUCUCGUAUUCCUUAAACCUGACGAUAAGCAUCUUCACGAGAAACCCUAUCGACUGCGAUAUGAUCCCGGGGGCACGAUCCCAAGAACGAACUGCGAGACCCAGGUCCAGAAAAACGUCCUGAUCCAUGACAUUCGUGGCAUUGAGACCAAGUACACACUCGACAGGAACGGAUUUCAAGUCCUCAAAUUAGAAUCGCGAUUGAAUCCAGAAGAUUUUCAUGAUAGAGAGAAGGUGAAGACCGUGUACUAUGCUGAGUUGAAAGAAUUGUUGAAACGAACAUUUGAUGCGAGAAAGGUGGAGGUUUUGGAACAUGGUAUUCGUAAACGACAUGAAGACUUCCCGAUUUCGACGGGGAAGGACUAUGAAUACUUGCAACCUACAUCUAUUAUUCAUAUCGAUUUCACGCCUACUGCGGCUCGAGCUGCAAGUUCGCAAUUAUUGAACGUCCAUGCAUCGUCUUACAGGCGACUACAAACUUUGAAUAUAUGGAAACCUCUCUACGGUCCACUGACAGACUGGCCUCUCUCGGUGUGCGAUUCUCGGUCCAUAACUACGUCGCGUGACUGUAUAGCUACCGACGUCGUAGAACGAGAAGGCUUUACGGAGAAUUACCAAGUGUACUACCAUGAGGAUAUGCGGUUUUGUUAUCUGAGCGGUCAGUUGGCUAGUGAGAUCAUCCUGUUUCGGCAAACAGAUACUAAGGAUGGAUGUGGAACGGGUGUUCCACAUGCCGGGUUUCGAAAUCCGAAGACCGUGGCUGGAGAAAGGCCAAGGGAGAGUAUCGAAACGAGAGUGUUUCUAUACUAUUAACGUGCGAGCUAUGGAUAUAUUACUCUGAAUAAAGCAGGUGUGUAUGAUUGCUAAUCUUUCAAUGCCGGAAAGCGAGUCUUUAUAUCAUGGAGGCUAUAU